GCAUUGUGGGUGUCGGAGUUCUGGAAGCGUCACGCUUCGCCGCGACGCGCGCUCUGUGGACUACACAAGAAACUGGGGCGGAAGUGAGCGGAUUAAAGGUCGAAGUUGAAUUUGUGUCAACACAUGUGGCUCUGGGUUAGCCACGCGUUUCGAAGAACGUAGCGUGUAAUCCAAGUAGCCUACAGAUAUCAUUACAGAUAAAAAUGCCCAGAGACAUAUCCUCCUCCAGCGAAGACGAAGCUGACGCGUCCAGCUCGCCGCCGCCGGACAGCUCGAGAGGAGCCGGGCAGCAGAGCAGCAGGUACCAGUGUCCUGCGGACUUCGUGUGUUUCCGCCACCAGCCGUGCAGGAGCACCCUGACACCCAGCCUGAAGAAGGGCAACAGGGAGCUGUGGCUCAUCAAGGCCCCGGCCAGCUUCAGCCCAGACCGCUUUGGCAGCGUCCAGGUUCCCCUCUCAGGCCUGCAGACGGUCCAGGUUCCCGCUGCGGCGGGCGGCGCUCAGCAUGGCCGGCAGAUCUACAGCAUCCUGGCCUCCACGCAGGGAGCCUCCGAGCUCCGCCUGCUCACCGGCCGCGACCCGUCCUCAGCCGAUGCGGUGUUCGGCCCGGCCUUCUCGGGCCUCCUCAACGUGUGUGAGAGCUACGGAGACAGCAGCGCCAAUCAGGCCCCGCAGGUCAUUCCUGCCACGCCGGCGCCCUCCAUCCCGCCAGGCCUGAAACAGCGCUUCUACCCCUUCGGCAGUAAGACGUCCACACUGACCUGUGUGGCAGACAGCGAGCCUGACGGCGCCGCCUUUGGCUCUUCGUCCACAUCCCCCCGACCCCGCGUGCUCAAACGAUUCCAGGAGCAGGCCACGGAGGAAAAAGAAGAAGAGCAGGAGGAGGAGAGGAAAAAGAAGAAAAAGAAAAAGAAAGAGAAGCGAAUAAAGACAGAGCAAGAGGAGGAGGAGGAGGUCAGGGUGAAAGAGGAGUCGGUAGCUGAAAUUCCCACUCAGGAUGAAGUGCCGAUGGAGCUCCCAUCCCAGGACAGUGAUGUUUCAGCGGAGAAGAGGAAGAAGAAGAAGAAAAAGAAGGACAAAGACAGAGAACGGGUGGAGGUGGAUGAAGGGGUGGAGGCCGCUCAUGUCAUCAAGGAGGAAGAGGUAUCGGUGAAAUGUGAACCUAUAGACACUUCUUACGGCGACAGUGAAACAUCAGAGAAGAAGAAGAAGAAAAAGAAGAAAAAAAGCAAAACUGACGAUGACUAAUGUGUUGAGAUUUGGUUAUUGUGAUGUUUAUGUUUGGUUUUUGCUUUCAUAUACCAGAGUAAGUGUCCAGUCACUGCUAAUUCACUCCAGAAAUGAGUCCUAGUGCCCAUACUGUCAGUACAUUUCCUGAUGGAUCUCAUACAAGCUCUGCUUUGGCAAGAUUUUAGGUUUGUGAGUCAAAUCCACAUCCUGAACCAACUGGAUAACGAAGUGAAUUAUCCAGCGACUUCCACUCCAGCCUCGUCAUGGACGAUGUUCCCGUCGUUUGGAGCCCAGAGAGCAGUUGGUUGCACACACGCAUACACACUCAAAAAAAAAAAAAAAAAAAAGCCACAGGCA